CCAGGGCUGGAGCAUUCAGCAGCUGGGAGUCUCCUGGUGCUCUCUCUGUGUCUGUGAGAGACAGACAGGCACAGGGAGGGGGGAGAGAGCAGGUUAACCAGGGGCUGGGGCUGAGGGUGGGCUCACUCUCUGUACCCCCUCACCCUGGGCAGGACUCAGUGCCCUCUGUGUGUGGGACAGCUUUCCCCAGCCCCAGGGGCAGUAUGCCUGGGAUCCCAGUCUGCUCCAGACUCAGGUCACCGUCUGAGAGACCCGUUCACACCGCCCUCCGUAUCCCCCAGCCCGCCCGGUGCCAGGCUGGCCGAGCCCGGGACGCUGCAGGAGGACAGAGUAAGGCAGGCUGGCCGGACUGCAGUGCCCAGACGAGGUGGAGCAGAGAGAGAGCGGACAGUCAGAUUUAUACUGAUUGGGCCAAUCAUUACUUGGCCAGGUCUGGUCAUAAACGACUGAUCAAGGAUUUACAACAAGAUGUCGCUGACGGGGUUUUACUGGCAGAAAUCAUCCAAAUUAUCGCUAAUGAGAAGAUUGAAGCUAUCAACAUUUGCCCCAAAAGCCAGGCCCAGAUGAUCGAGAAUGUUGAUGCUUGCCUCAGUUUCCUGGCAGUGAGAGGAGUUCAUAUCCAAAGCCUUUCAGCUGAAGAGAUAAGGGAUGGAAAUCUGAAAGCCAUUUUAGGGCUGUUCUUCAGCUUGUCCCGGUACAAACAGCAGCAGCAGCAGCAAUACCAGGAUCUAAUUGAGCUCCAGCAGCAAGUGCAGCAUCAGUCAUUACCGGCCAGUUCAGGGAGUCCCCAGAGAGCACAGCCAGACAUGCAGUCCAGUCUGGCAGCCAAACAUGCUGGAAGUGCAGCCAAUCAGAAAAAGUCUACCAGACUCCCAGGACCCUCCAGGGGCUCAGCGACAGGGAGCACGACCAAGGUCCAGGGAGCCAACAGCUUGAACAGACGGAGCCAGAGUUUCAACAGCAUCGAUAAGAACAAGCCCCUGCAGAAUGCAGGUGGCAGUGAGAAAGAGUCACCUAAGAACCCUCCGUUACCGUCGGCCAUGAAUGGGAAUUUGCCCCCGUCCCCUGGUGUGGGGCAGUACCCGCCCUCUGCCAUCCCUUCUCCGGGCAGUUGUAAACCCUGGCGGAGUAAAUCGAUGAAUAUCAAACAUGCUGCUACUUCAUCCAUGCUCAGUGUGAAGGUGGCCAGUCCUGCCACCUCUCCCACUGCCCCCAGUGACCGGCUCCGAGCCCCUGAUACCCCCAAGACCCCCUCGAAUGGGCAGAAGUCCAUGUUGGAGAAGUUCAAGCUGAUCAACAACAGGAUAUCCUCGAGGCCUCCUGCCUGCCCGAGCUCUGGGGUUACGGAGGGAUCCAGGGACGAGGGUACUCCCUCAGAGUGCGGUGAGGCUGGUGGAGGGGGCUCUACAGCUGGCAGUCCCAAGACGCAGUCAAAGGGAACGUCCCAAAGGGCGGGAGGCAAAUCAGGAGGCAGCAAGAAGGUCUCACCGCCGGCCAGAGACAAGGAGGAGAAGGAGAAGAGUAAAGGAGUAAAAGGCUGCAAACAGGAGAGAGUGAGUGAGGCGCCCAGGAAGAGUUCCAAAAUCGCCAGCUUAAUCCCGAAAGGAGGGAAGCCUGCAGGAGCCAAGAAGGAGAUCCCUGCUUCCAGUGGGAUUCCCAAGCCAGGAUCCAAGUUACCCACCGGGAAGUCGGGAUCGGCGAUGAAGGAGGUGGAGAAGUCUCGGGUGACCAAGGGGAGCUCUGGCCAGGCGCUGCAGAAAUCACAGGCCAACGGCAAAGUUUCCAACUCCAGCAGUGUCACCUCCUUGGAGGGUAAAGGUGUGACCCAGGCAUCCUCACCCCCGUCCUCCCUCAGCACUGCCACUACGCCAGCUCCUGGGGUGGCCAGCAGUGGGCAGCCUCCAGGCAAUGUCAUCGUACAGCUCCCUCAACCUCAGCAACAACACAGCCACCCCAACACCGCUACUGUCGCCCCCUUCAUGUACAAAACCCACUCUGACAGUGACGGCUCCUCUCUGCUGCCUGGUGACACAAAUGCAAGCCCAACAAAAAUGGACUCCGUUUACAGCAAAACUGCCAAACAGUGUCUCGAGGAGAUUUCUGGUGAAGAUCCAGAAACCAGGAGAAUGAGGACAGUGAAGAACAUUGCCGACCUUCGGCAAAACCUGGAAGAGACAAUGUCGAGUCUGCGCGGGACCCAGAUAAGCCAUAGCACGCUGGAGACAACAUUCGAUAGCACUGUCACCACGGAGAUCAAUGGGCGCUCUAUGGCCGCAGUGACCAGCAGAACAUCUGCCAUGUCCUGGAGGCUUGGCCAGUCCAGCCCACGGUUGCAAGCUGGUGAUGCCCCAUCCCUGGGCACCGGCUACCCUCCCCGACCUAACCCCAGUCGUUACAUCCACCCCGACGGCUCACGCUACGUAUACACUGCACCCCUCCGAAGGACAGCGGGGUCAAGGGCCGGCAAUAACUCGCAGCUGGACAUCUCUGAGAAAGGAAGCUCUGAGCUCGACAUGACACCCACCGAUGUGGAUGUGACCGGUUACAUGAGCGACGGUGACUUACUGGGAAAGAACAUAAGGAGCGAUGACAUCGGCAGUGGGUACAUGACUGAUGGAGGCUUGAAUUUAUACACCCGCAGCAUAAACCGUAUUCCAGACAUAUCAGCUACACGCGAUGUCAUCCAGAGGGGCGUGUCGGAUGUCUCAGGAGAUGUCGAUAGUUGGGAUGAUAGCAGCUCCAUUAGCAGCGGUCUCAGUGACACACUCGAUAACCUUAGUACUGAUGACCUGAACACCACCUCAUCCAUCAGCUCGUACUCCAACGUCACUGCCUCUUCCAGGAAGAAUACCAGAACUCAGUCCAAACCUGACACAGAGAAGCACUCGACUUCAGAAAAUGAAACCGCUUGGAGUGGGGAAGAUUUGAAGAAACCUGAGGAGGGUUUGGACGUGUCAAAGAUGGACUUGAGUGAGAAGUGGAAAAGGAACUUGUCUGAUUUAUCAGAUGAUUCUGAGAAAGGACAGAGACCGUCUCUGUCUCUGUCUCAAACAGGAUCAUGGAGACGGGGUAUGACAGCGCAAGGAGGCGUACCCACACCGCGGAACAAACAGCCCUUAAAAACACCAGUUGCAGGAAAAAUAGAAGAUGUUAAAGUUUCGGAAAAGGGAAAGGUGUCCUUAAAAAGCACAACUAGCCAACACUGUCCCUCGGAGGCAGGAAAGAGCAGUGGAGAUGAAGGCAAGAAGCCACCGUCUGGAAUUGGAAGAGCAUCCACUGCUGGCUCCUUCGGCUUUAAGAAAGCUGGCAUCUGCUCAUCGACGGUCAGCAUGAGUAGCAGUGGGGUGACAGUGACCAGUGGCUCCGCUACGCUGGGGAAAGUUCCCAAGUCUUCUGGCAUUCCCAGCAAGUCGAGCUCCGUUAGAAAGACCAGUCUGGAUGGUUCCCAGAACCAGGAGGACGGAAUCCUGCUGAUCAGCUCCAGGACUAAUCUGCAGUAUCGCAGCUUACCACGACCCGAUAAGACCAGUGCUGGUACCAUCAGCAGCCGAGGUGGGCAUCGCUCCAGUACCAGCAACAUUGACUCCAACGCCGGGGGGAAGUCAGCGAGCAGUGCAGCCUCCAAGCUCAGAGAACCUUCCAAGGUUGGCUCGGGGCGUUCCAGCCCCAUCGGGAUUGCUCAGGGAGAGAGAGAGCGGGAGAAGGUAGCUGCAGGGUCUGACCCAGAAACAAUGUCACUUUCAAGUUCCCCAAAAUCCAGCCCUCCAUCCAUGAGCAGCAGUGGAACGUCAGGACUCAGGCAACAGGGUUCCAAGUAUCCAGAUAUCUCCUCACCAACGUUCCGCAGGUUGUUUGGAACGAAGGCGAGUGGGAAAGCGAGCAGUGUGCCUAGUUCCGAACCGGUGAAGGGCUCCACUGUCAUCUCUAACCCCCAUGCCUCUCUGACCCGGCAGGGCAGUCUGGAGUCACCUUCCAUGGGGCCAGGAAACAUUGUGAUUGGCCAGGGCAGUGGAGGGGGAAGCAGCUCCUUGAACUGUAAACCUCCUGAGCUACCCACCGAAGGAAGCAGCCUGGCUUCUAGCCCAGCCUCUCUUCACUCAUUAACCUCCAGCGGGCACCAGCUAACAGCUAGCCUCAGCAGUUCCCCAGGGGGCAGUAAGGACACUCUGAGCUACCCUUCCCUGACCAGCCUGCACACCAGCUCCGAGUCAAUCGACCUCCCACUCAGUCACCAUGGCUCGUUAUCUGGACUGACCACUGUGCCCAAGGGGGAUGUACCCAACCUGCUGCUGAGGACCGGGAGUGUCAAGUCAACGCUGUCAGAGAGUCCACUUUGUUUCCUUGUUAACAUGCCUCAGUAUCACAGGAUCACUCCCUCUCGGAAGCUGGACAGUGUGCAACUAGAUCGAAACACCCUCCCUAAAAAGGGACUCAGGUACACCCCGUCAUCUCGACAAACCAGCCAUGAGGAAGGCAAGGAAUGGCUUCGCUCUCACUCAACUGGAGGCCUGCAAGACACAGUCAGCCAAUCACCUCUGCCCUCACCCUCUGCCAUCUCAUCCCCUUGCAGUGGCACAUAUCAUUUUACACAUUUAGUGAGUCCUACAGCAGUGUCGCAGUUUCAUCUCUCUGGUCCCAGUAUGAUGCGUUCAAACAGCAUUCCCACGCAAGAUUCCUCAUUUGACUUGUACGGAGAUUCCCAAUUGUGUGGAAGUGCCAACUCCCUGGAGGACAGGCCAAGGACAAUCAGCAGAUCCGGAUCAUUCCGGGGCAGUAUGGAGGAAGUCCAUGGAUCUUCACUCUCACUGGUUUCAAGCACAUCAUCUCUUUACUCCACAGCUGAAGAGAAAGCACAUUCUGAGCAAAUUCGGAAGCUGCGCAGAGAGCUGGAUACUUCUCAGGAGAAGGUCGCCUCUCUCACCUCUCAACUUUCGGCUAAUGCUCACCUCGUGGCUGCUUUUGAACAGAGUUUAAGCAACAUGACGUCCCGGCUACAGAACCUAACCAUGACUGCUGAGCAAAAGGAGUCGGAACUCACUGAGCUGAGAGAGACCAUCGAAAUGCUGAAGACACAAAAUUCUGCUGCUCAAGCUGCCAUUCAGGGAGCUUUAAAUGGCCCAGACCAUACAAACAAAGUAGAUACACGGAUUAGAAGACAACAUUCCUCAGACAGUGUUUCCAGCAUCAACAGUGCGACCAGCCAUUCCAGCAUCGGGACGGUGAAUGAUAGCGACUCAAAGAAAAAAAAGAAGAAACAGAGCUGGCUGAGAAGCUCCUUCAAGCAAGCUUUUGGUAAAAAGAAAUCAUCAAAACCCAAUCUCUCUCAUUCGGACAUCGAAGAAAUCACUGACUCCUCAAUUCCAUCAUCUCCCAAAUCACACCAGGACUCAACAGAUCCUGGAUCCCUGAAGCCAUCACAUUCUACAUCCGCCAUCUGUGAGUGCACCGAGACGGAGGCUGAGGCCAUUGUACACCUGAAGAGUGAGCUGCGGGAGAAGGAACUCAAACUGACUGAUAUUCGCCUGGAAGCACUUAGCUCUGCUCACCACCUGGACCAGAUCCGGGAAGCAAUGAACAGGAUGCAGAAUGAAAUUGAACUUCUGAAAGCAGAAAAUGAUCGUUUGAAAUCAGAGACAGGAAGUAGCAGUGGAGCAGCGCAGACGCAGUCCCAGUCAUCAACCUCAUCUUCCACUUCCUCCUCCCGCCAUUCCCUGGGACUUCCCCUCCACAAUCUCAAUGUCAGCGGAGCUGCAACAACAGACAGUUUGCUGGAUGAAGGAUCUGAUGGUUCAUUCCGUACGGAGAGCUGUAGUGUGCGAAUAAUGAUUUGCCUGAACAAACAACUCAAGCGAACUAAGGAAGAAAAGUCUCCUCAGUAUCUCAUAGGGUCAUUAGGAGUCAGUGGAAAGACAAAAUGGGAUGUUCUUGAUGGUGUAAUUCGUCGGUUGUUUAAGGAGUAUAUUUUCCGUUUGGACCCCAGUACGAGUCUCGGUCUGUCAUCUGACAGCAUUCUCAGCUACAAUAUCGGGGAGGUAGUGAGAGCAGGGAACCUGGAACUGCCAGAACUGCUGCCCUGUGGCUACCUGGUUGGAGAGAGCAACAUCAUUACUGUGAAUCUAAAAGGUGUGGCAGAGAAUACUGUGGACAGCUUGGUGUUUGAAACACUAAUUCCAAAACCUUUAACACAUCGUUACCUCAACGUCCUGCUGGAACAUCGAAGGAUCAUCCUCUCGGGACCUAGUGGGACCGGAAAAACCUACUUAGCCAAUAAACUUGCUGAAUUCCUGGUGAACAGGGCUGGAAGGGAGGUCGCUGAUGGGUCGAUAGCCACUUUUAAUGUGGAUCACAAAUCGAGCAAGGAAUUGCGCCAAUACUUGUCAAACCUGGCUGAUCAGUGCACGACUGCGGAUAAUGGUUCUGACCUGCCUUUAGUGAUAAUCCUGGAUAACCUCCAUCAUAUCGGUUCAUUGAGUGACAUCUUCAAUGGAUUCCUCAAUUGUAGAUACCACAAAUGUCCCUAUGUUAUUGGAACAAUGAACCAAGCUGUCUCGUCCUCUGCUAACCUGGAACUUCACCACAACUUCAGGUGGGUACUCUGUGCCAACCAUACUGAGCCCGUGAAAGGAUUCCUGGGUCGCUAUUUACGCCGUAAGCUAAUUGAGACUGAAAUCGACAGAAAUAUGCGCAACAGUGACCUCUUGAAAAUCAUAGACUGGAUCCCCAAAGUGUGGCAGCAUUUAAACGGUUUCUUAGAGACACACAGCUCCUCGGAUGUUACUAUUGGCCCACGUCUCUUCCUCUCGUGCCCUUUGGAUGUAGAUGGCUCCAGGGUUUGGUUCACGGACCUGUGGAAUUAUUCCCUGAUACCAUACCUUUUGGAAGCAGUUCGUGAAGGCCUUCAGUUAUAUGGCAAGAGAGCACAGUGGGAGGAUCCCGCAAAGUGGGUGGUGGACACGUACCCAUGGAAUGCCGGCUCACUGCAGCACGAGUGGCCAUCUCUGCUGCAGCUACGACCUGAGGACGUGGGAUAUGAGGGUCACACGUCUGCCAAGGAGAGUGGCUCCUCCAAGCAUGUCCCCCAAAGUGAUAGUGAUGGUGACCCAUUGAUGAACAUGUUGAUGAGGCUUCAAGAGGCAGCGAAUUAUUCCAGUGCACAGAGCUGCGACAGUGACAGCACCAGUCACCAUGAUGACAUUUUAGAUUCCUCUAUAGAGUCGACUCUGUGAGGUGGAUUCAGAGUGUGAUGGGGAUGUGUGAGUUUUUGUUGCUGUGAAGAUGCUGACCUGUAUUGAGGGUGUGAAGCUGCACAGUGAGGGAUGAAGACUCCCUGGGGGUGUUCCAGUGGUAAUCUACACAGUGCACCAAGGCAAGGAACUCUCAAUGCGAGGUCAGCUUGCUCGAGUCAGCUGUAUUGAGGGACACACUGGUGGGAACCAACUGAGUUUAAUUCAUCAACAUGAUGUGUACACAAUGGAUAAAAUGCACACAUACACACUAACAAACAAAAAAUAAUUGCACAUGAAAUCAAGCCAAACUGGAAUUUUGCAAAGUAUUUACAUGUGUAAACCUGAUUUUAAUUUUAAUUGAGGUGCUGCAAGGAGUGGAUUAGACAGCUGCUAAUCCAUCUCUGUCCUAACCUCAGCUCUCUGCCGUAUUGGUGCUGGUUGAAAAAGCCAGAAACAGUCCUUGGUUUACACCCACUGCCCACAAUCCCAACAGCUUUGCACACAAUAAGCACAACGUUGGGAGAGGGGGCAUGCGGUCUCCAAUCACCGUGGGGUCAACUUUUGAAAACAUGCUGGACACACAGCUCAGCUUUUCUUGGUGCUGCUGGUCAAAGCAUUUCUUUCUUUCUAACAGGCUUCAUUUAUGGAUUUCUACUGCUGUAUGGUGUAGUUUUUUUUUAAUUUAAAUUUCAAGUCUUUUAACUUGAAGAAAAGGUCUCUCAGUCACCAGACUUACUUAAACCUCCACUAAUGGUACAAGUGAUAACCUUGGCUUGUGAAGGGCUACAUCAAUACAGGUUGUGGAGAGUCUACAAGUGGAAAUAACAUUCAAUAUGGUGCUGAAUCACUUGCCUUAUUCUCAACAGGUUACAGGACUUAAAUGAAGCCACUUAAUUUUAUCUGCAAAUAUUUGUAUCUGGCAACUCUUUAUUUAUGGAAUUUGGAGGAGCUGAAAGGGAGUAGGUUUGAUCAUUUCACACUGGUUCGACCCGACAGUAAUUCCGACUUAUUCUUCCUCAGUUGGGGACUGGGUUUAACUCUGCACCUUAAAGGGAAAUUUGAAGUAUCUUAACAAGCAAAUACUUUUCAGAAAACCCACUCCUGUUCACUGCCCCCUCUCUCUUUCUCUCUCUCCCUUUUCUUUUUAAUAGUAUUUACAAGUCACAGUUUCAGUGAAAUGACUGAAAGAUAAUAAUUGGUCAGUGUAUAAAGUGGUUCUUCACUGAAUCUAAACCAGCAGAGCUGGGACAACUUGGCAGAAGGGUAUGAGCACAAAAUGUUCUCUUGUAUAAACGUUCAGCAUGUUUUUACUGCCUAUAUGCAAAGCUAAAUCUCAUUCAAAAGGAAGGAGAGCCAGUUUGAAUGUCAGCCCCCACCUCCUGGCACUUUCUCUCUCACAGACAUCCCCACUCCCACACAAACUCCUGCCUUGACCCACCCGUUCACUCUGUGUUCGCACAAAUGCAAAUGGACUUGCAAAACUCUUCAAACUGAUUCAGACUGUCAACAGCAUUCCCCUCCCCCCCCCCCAGGGUCCGCUCCUCUCCCCUCAAAGCAGUUUAAGGUUAAAAUACAUUUCAAAUUUUGCAUGCUAGAAAUCUUAAAAUAAAACCGGAAAGUGCUGGAGAAAUUCAGAAACUGUUCUGAAGAAGGCUCGCUGGACUUGAAAUGUUGAUUCUGCGUUCUCUCUGUAAAUGCUGCCAGCCCUGCCAAAUUUCUCCAGCAAUUUAGUUUAGGUUCAGGUUAAAAUUGGACUUUCACACAUUAAUGUACAGAAGAACACCUCACUCUGGGAAGGAGGGUGGGGGCCGGUGGGGGCGAUUUGUCUGGGAGGGGCCGCAUGAAUAGUGCACUUCAUUGGUGUUUUCUCUUACACCCCAUGAUGGGGGGGGCAGGGGGGUCGUUCAUUUGAUUUCUUUGUGUUUUGAAAAGGGUUUUUGCACAAACAUAAGAAAUUGUAAAUAGAGAAACAAAAGGAUGAAAGAAAGAAAUGUGUUUUGUUUUGCCUUGCACAGUGAAGAUUUGAGAAUUUCUGAUAUGUGUAUUACUUGGUGUAAACAUUUACUUCACUUGACUAUGCUGGGAUUUUUGUAAACACUGUUGAGAAUUCUCUGUCUAGACAGGAUGUGUUUUAUUUUGUGUGAUAACCAUUACUAGGAGCUGCUCUCCAUCGGAGAUUAAUGAGCCACAGAUGGACCACUGCCAAUUUUUAUUCAUCUUGUUCAUUGGGGCAUCUUUAUUUAAUGUUGGGCUUGUUUUAGCCUGUAUAGCACAAGUCUACUGUUCACCCAAACUACCCAUCCUUGGCACUGAGCCAGCUCCCUCAGAGUGAACAGAAUCUCUGACACUCCUGUUUAUACCUGUCAGCCAGGGCUCCCUGAUUGGACCAGGUUAACAGCCCCAAACAGGGAACUCCUAUGAGGUCCACUUGGCUGACCGUGUUCCAGUCACUAGUUUUAGCCUGUAUAGCACAAAUCUGCUGUUCGCCCAAACUGCCCAUCUUUGACGCAUUUCAGUGAGACAUGGGGAAGUGUUUUUGUGUGAAACAGUUUUCUGUAAAACAUAUUUUGUAUUCUGUACAUUUUAAUGUAACAUACAAUGUAAAUAAUCAGUGAUAGCAACAAAAAAAUGAAAAAAGAAUGAAAACAAUCAUGGGGAGAGUUUUUUGCAGUCUUUUUCAGGUGUUAACUUUUGCGUUUGAGUAUUUGGGUGUAACCAGAUUAACAAAUUGUUAAUCUCUGGGUUUAAUCUGUCUCUCCAU